AUGGCAGCAUCAAAGUCUUCGGCUUUGGGGACAUUUUUUCUUUGCAUCGGUUUGCUUUCCCCAGCCCUAGUUCAAUCUGCUUUCCAGUUCAAGCACCACAGCAACGAAGAAUUAGCCACCAUUCUCGAAGAGGUUCACUUUAGGUGCCCAAACAUCACCAAAGUGUACGCCCUCAGUGAAAACUCGGUCGCUGGAAACCCCCUUCUAUUGAUUGAAUUCUCUGACGAGCCAGGAUACCAUGAACUCUUGGAGCCAGAGUUUAAAUAUAUUGCAAAUAUGCAUGGAAAUGAGGUGCUGGGACGCGAGCUUCUUUUGAAGAUGGCCGACUACCUGUGUGAACAAUACAGGGCUGGCAACGAGUCCAUCCAAUCUUUGAUUCACACGACUCGUAUACACCUGAUGCCUAGCAUGAACCCGGAUGGCUGGGAGAUGGCUACUGCUGCAGGAGGAGAUAAUUAUUUGGUCGGGCGGACCAACAAUAACAGUGUUGACUUGAAUCGUGAUUUUCCGGAUCUUGAUCGCCUACUUUACGCUGAAGAGGAUGAGCAUAGUCUUCGUAACAAUCAUCUGAUGGACCAAAUUCGUCACUUGGAUCACCCUCCUCAACCGGAGACUCUGGCCGUCAUGCGGAUGAUUCUGGAACAGCCUUUCGUGGCUUCUGCUAAUUUGCACGGCGGUGAUCUCGUAGCAAAUUACCCAUUUGACGAGUCACGCGACAAGGAUGGCUCCGAUGAGUCGCCUUCUCCUGACGAUGACACUUUUAGACAUCUGGCAUUGAGCUAUGCUUCAAUGCAUCCACGAAUGUCAGACCCUAAUCAGCCGUCCUGUGAUGACACGUCAUCGGGUUUCGGUAAACAAGGAGGCAUUACCAACGGUGCUGCAUGGUAUUCUGUUGAAGGAGGCAUGCAAGAUUUCAAUUACCUCUCUUCCAACGAUUUCGAAAUCACCCUAGAAUUAGGUUGUGAAAAAUAUCCCAAAGCCGAACACUUGGCACAGGAAUGGGAGGAUAAUAAAGAUGCAUUAAUUAACCUUAUUUGGCAAAGUCACAUUGGGGUAAAAGGUGAAGUAAAGGAUGCUGUUACCGGUAGGCCGUUGGGUAACGCUGUAAUCAGUACCCGCAACGUGACAAGACUCAAUGAAACUCACGCACGGAAAGACCUUGUCAAGCAUGACGUAACUUCGGCUCAAGGUGGAGAUUACUGGAGGUUGUUGACACCCGGAGAAUACGAAAUCACUGCCUCAGUUCGCAACUAUCUACCACUCACCAAGCGUGUUUUGGUGACCAAUUCCCGUCACCAGCAGGCCUUUAUCUUAAACUUUGAAUUGCAUUCGGCUACUAAUCAAGGCCAGCGCACCUGGGAGUGGGACGAUGAUGUUCCACUUGACUACGUCGUCGAGGAUCUGGGGGAGGGCUUCGACAAAAACGUGGGUGAGAUACCUUUCAAUCGUGAAGGUAACUGGCCACAGGACACCGAAGAAUUUGAUCUGGGAUUCAAAGAGAAUGUUGGUGAUUAUAACCACCUAAAGUACAAAUGGUUUCCUUCCCCGAAUCGCCGUUAAAAGGCAUUUCAGGUGCAAGGGUAUAC